AUGUAUAUAUUUGAUGCAACAGAAUGUACAGCGAGCUCAUAUCGACUACCAUUGCUGGCGGAGGCCAAUUUAUCUCCAAUUCAUCCUUUGUAAAACUUUUAAGGCAACGUUUGUUUCUUCUCUUCCAGAUCCAACCUUUUGAGCCAUGCAAGUUGAUUUCCUUUUUCUUUUUUCCCUCCCCGCUUGGGAGCAGAUCUGUUAAGAGGGAGACUCUGAAGCUUAUUGAGACAUCUUUGGACGAAGCGGCAAAUUGGAACAACAGUUUGUGCCCCCGAUGAUGGAUCUUAUUCUUGGUGACUAUUUGAGGAAUGUGCCGGAUGCGAGAGAAUAGGAAGUUCUCUCAUGUUUUCUUUGCUGAACCACUGGAUGCUAAUUUUCUUUAAAUGCUUGGGAUGAUAAAUUUAGUUUGCGUGUUUACGUUGCGUUUGAUGUUUCAAUUAGUUUUCUGAAAUCUUAGAUGAAGUAAGAAAUUGCAAACAAAUGGUUAGACGGGUUUUACUGUGGUGAUGCUUUGCAUUUAUAGAUCUGCGUAUCGUGGCGCUUCAGCUCUUCGAAUUUGUGAGUUCCAACUUUUGACUUCUUUCCCUUUGGCGAUAUUAUAGGUAUAAGGCUGUGAUGAUAGAGGAUGUGCCUCUCAUAUUUGGAGCAGUAUUUCAGUGCACCUUGAAGAUGAUCACAAAGAACUUCGAAGAUCACCCUGAGCACCGGCUGAAGUUCUUCUCUUUACUCCGAGCCAUUGCUGCUCACUGUUUCCCUGCUCUGAUUGGAUUGUCAAGUCAGCAAAUCAAGCUUGUUAUGGAUUCCAUUAUUUGGGCUUUCCGGCAUACAGAGCAAAAUAUUGCCGAAACAGGGCUCAACUUGCUGCUGGCGAUCCUAAAGAACUUUCAGGAAAGAUUUUUGGGCAUGCCUUUAAGGGAGACAUUACUAAGGUUUUAUAUUAGCAUAUGUUACUAUCUACUGGGAAGUUCUCGUAGCAAAUAGUUCUUAUAGCAAUAGUAACGUACUUGAUGAACUUGUGCUAUGUGGGAUGCUUAUGACACUUCUUGUUGUUUGGCCUGACUUCAGAGUUUUGUAAUCAGUUCUACCGGACAUAUUAUUUGACGAUAGAGCAGGAAAUCUUUGCGGUUUUAACGGAUACGUUCCAUAAAUCUGGGUUCAAAUUACAUGUUUUAGUGCUGCAACACCUAUUUUGCCUUGUGGAAAGAGGUGCUUUGACAGAGCCUCUGGGGGAUUCCUCCUCGUCCACUGUUCCUCAUCCAUAUCCAAAUAAUGCGAUGUUUGUCAGUGAGUACACCAUCAAGCUGUUGGGAACGUCAUUCCCCAACUUGAGCCCAGCAGAGCAGAGGUUGGUGAACAUCACGAAGGCCUUUUCGAAUGGACGUGGACUAAUUUUGAAUGGAAUUUCAGGUUACUCAAUCUGUGAAUGGGCUCUUUGAAUCGAGGAAUGACCUCUCCACAUUUAAGAAUCACAUAAGG